AUGCCACCACGAAGGAAGAGAUGUAGAGUUAUUGAGUCAUCAUUUGAAAGUGUGGAUACGUCAUCCGAUAGUGAUCAUGAGGGUCGGUUCCUGGUUCACCCCAGUCCUCAAAAAUUUAGUGAAUCUAAUCACCAAUGGUUGGAUAAGUAUGCACCGAAAAACGCGUUUGAAAUAUGCAUAAAUCCCACCAAAUUGAAGCAGGUCAAAGACUCGCUACAGAAGAUGAUGAGAAAACAGCUGAGUACCAAAUUACUUGUUCUUGCUGGGCCAUGUGGGUCGAGUAAGUCCACAACUGUUAAGGUUUUGGCUCGUGAGAUGAUUAGUGAUGGUGACAUUUUCAAUGACGAAGAUCAAGUUAUAGAGUAUCAAGAGUCUGAGCGAAUUUCUAUUUUUUUACAAAGUUGCAAGUACAAAACGAACAGCGUUAUUCUUAUUGAAGAGCUUCCAAACGUAUAUCACCAAGAGACCUUGAUGGAGUUUAGGGAAGCGCUACGACACUGGAUCUACAGCGAGAACACAUUUGCGCCAUUAGUCUUGUGUUUGAGCGAGUUUGAAUAUGAAGGAAACGAUAAAGACAAUGAAAGAGCAAGAUACAGUCUCGAAAACAAUAUGACCGUGGAAACUUUGCUCAGCCAGGAAAUUUUCAAGAGUUCGAAAGUCGAAGUUAUAAAGUUUAAUUCUUUAGCACCUCGUUUUUUAAACAAAACAAUAAGGCCGAUUUUGAAGAGAGAAGGUAUGGUUGGUUUGUUGAAUGAUAGAUCUUUUGAAACUUAUCUCGCAGAUUUAUAUAAAGUAGGCGAUAUCAGAUCAAUUAUAUCCAAUUUGGAAAUGUGGGCUAGGUUUCACAAAGAAACAUCUAAGGUGUAUGCGCGGGAAAACUCGUUGAGCAUCUUUCAUGCACUAGGGAAGAUAAUCUUUUCGAGUAAAGAGUUUGAAGGCGAGAGUGGCAAUAUGGUUAAUUCAAAUUCCAUUGCUAAAGUAAUUGAACUGUAUCCUGAGAAAAACACAGCAUUAUUAAACUUGGGCUUAUUGGAAAAUUACCACAUCUUUCGAAAUUCACAAUUCCUGUUAAGCGUUGCUAGUUCAAUCUGCAAUGAUUUGAGUAUUAGUGAUAUUUGUCCAAUAGGGGAAAUUGGAGCGCGUUCAACUAGAGUGAAUUUGAGUAAAGCAGAAAAAGCAAGUAAAGAUGGUGCAACUAGUAAAUUGAAAAUGAAGUUUCCCCGACAUUUUAAAAUGUUGAGAAUGAGAAGCAACAUAUAUAACCAAGUUGAUCAAUAUAGAAAAUACUUGUCACCCGAAUCGUCGUUUCAGACACUAAAUCUAAUCGAUGGUUAUUAUUUGCCGUUGAUUUUGAACAAAAGAGGAAAAACACAUCGUCUUCGAUAUAAUCGACUAGGCGGCAAGUUUCAGGAGCUAUAUGCGGAUGAAAAUUUUGUUGCUGAAGAGCGCACUACACUUUAUGCUUAUGACCAAUUCCAAAAUGAUAUAGACACAGCAAUUGAGGAACAAGCUCGUGGAAGAAAUAAUGUUGAUUUUGACAAUGAUCUUGACGAUGAGAAUAUACUGAGUGACCCCAUUGAGGAUAGCUCUCAAACCAAUGCGGAUUUUUCACAAUCAUCAUCAUCAUCAUCAGACGCGGGUUUCUCUGAUGAUGAUGAGAUCGAUCUUCUAAUAUCUCAGGGUAAACUAUAG